AUGAGUGACAAUGCUGGAGAAGGGAGAGCAUCAGAAAAGAGGAAAGAGCAGAAAAGCAGGAAAGCAGGGGAGAGUUCCAAGGUGGAAGAUGAAUUCAAAGAGCUGUCCAUCUAUUUCCCUAAGGAGCAAUGGGCAGAGAUGGGAGACUGGGAGAAAACCCGUUACAGGAACAUGAAGCGGAACUAUGAGUUUAUGGUUGAACUCGAUCUACCCAGGUUAGCAGUUUCUAAAACCCAAGGGCAGAGCUCCCAAGUUAACACAUACAGCUUACGAAAGAGAGAGAAAAAAGUGUACGUUGAAAUAAGUGAACCACAAGAUGAUGAUUACUUAUUUUGUGAGGAUUGCCUGACAUUCUUCAUUGACGAGUGUUCAGUUCAUGGCCCUCCAGUUUUCAUCAGAGACCCAAUAGUAGAAACAGGACAGGAAAGGAGAGCAGCUCUCACUUUGCCCCCAGGGAUGAGAAUUGGGCUUUCAAGUAUCCCACAGGCGGGGCUUGGAGUCUGGAAUGAGGCAGACACCCUGCCGGUUGGAGUUCAUUUUGGCCCAUACGACGGAAGGAUAACAGAGGAGGAGGAGGCAGCCCACAACGGCUAUUCUUGGCUGAUCACCAAGGGAAGAAACUGGUAUGUAUACAUUGAUGGAAAGGAUGAAACGAAUGCCAACUGGAUGAGGUAUGUUAACUGUGCUAGGGAUGAGGAAGAGCAGAACCUUGUCGCUUUCCAGUAUCGUGGGAAAAUCUACUAUAGAGUGUGCAGGGCCAUCCUGCCCCAUUGUGAGCUUCUGGUCUGGUACGGGGAUGAAUAUGGCAAGGAGCUGGGCAUCAAGUGGGGCACGAGAUGGAAAAGUGCAGCGCCACCCAAAGGUACCAGACUUCUGAGUGUCACUAAUUGUCUGGUGUUCUUGGCCCUUCCUAUGUGGCAGGAUAGUAGUGCAAAGCCUCUGGAAGGGCCAGCAUGUUGGAACAAUUGCCAUUUCCUACCUGAAUUCUGGUUUGUUUUUUGGACAGUGCAUGGGCAGGAUCCACACUGCCAUCCAUGCCCUCGCUGCAGGCUGGCUUGCAGCAGCAAAGAUUACCUCCACCCACACUUGAAGCGUAAGCACCUGCCUACCAAAUUGCAGACUGAAGAAGACGAAGGUGCUCUGGGAGGGGAAUCUUGCCCUAAAACCAGAGGUCUUUCCUUCCCGGGGAAUCCACCAUCACAGCAGCUCGCACCAAACCCCAGCUCCCUCAGCAAAGGCACGUGGGGAAAGGAACCACACUUGCAAGGGCAGAGGGAAGGUGUUGGAGGUAGAGAGGCUUUUGGUUUACUGUCAAACCUGCCUCCACAGCAGUGGAGGGACACAAUAGGGGAGCCACAUUCACAGAGCAAAACAGGGGAGGAGGGAGGUGGCGGUCGCAGACAGAAGUGGUAUUCCUGCAGUGAGUGUGGGCAGAACUUCCACAGGCCAUCGCACCAGGUUAGACAUCAGCAGAGCCACACAGGAGAGAAGUCCUAUCCUUGUGAGUGUGGGAGGAGGUUCAGCCAGUCAUCCAGCCUCACCGGCCACCAGCGCAUCCACAGGGAAGAGAGGCCCUUUCAGUGCCUGGAGUGUGGGAGGAGGUUCAGCCUGUCAUCCAGCCUCACCAGACACCAGCGCAUCCACACGGGAGAGAGGCCCUUUCAGUGCCUGGAGUGUGGGAGGAGGUUCAGCCAGUCAUCCAGCCUCACCGGCCACCAGCGCAUCCACACGGGAGAGAGGCCCUUUCAGUGCCUGGAGUGUGGGAGGAGGUUCAGCCAGUCAUCCAGCCUCACCGGCCACCAGCGCAUCCACACGGGAGAGAGGCCCUUUCAGUGCCUGGAGUGUGGGAGGAGGUUCAGCCAUUCAUCCAGCCUCACCGGCCACCAGCGCAUCCACACGGGAGAGAGGCCCUUUCAGUGCCUGGAGUGUGGGAGGAGGUUCAGCCAUUCAUCCAGCCUCACCAGACACCAGCGCAUCCACAGGGGAGAGAGGCCCUUUCAGUGCCUGGAGUGUGGGAGGAGGUUCAGGCAGCCAUCACACCUGACCUGCCACCAACAGACUCACACCUAGAGGGGAAAUACCCUGCAGACCAAACAACUGUCAGAGCUGGCAGCUGACUGACCUGAGGGGUCUGUAUCAAUCAUGUGGGAUUCUGGGUAAAGCAGGGAGCUGUACUGAUGGACUCCUUAACCUUGGGGGCUUUUGGUUCCUUUGCUUCAUACUGACUGCGGUGGUCAGUGUAACCCCCUUCACCUUUCCACUCCUGGGCUGACUGGAGAGAAGCAUCCUUCUUCUACUUGCGGAGGGUUUUGUUGUUCACUAAAGCUGGGUACUGCCCCAGCCUCUUUGCUGUCCUGAGUGGCCUGUUGGGUCUGCCUCUCCAGAAGAGACUUGGCCUGUGGCCAACAGGAGCAGCACAGGAGACAGGUGGGCCAGGAGCAGCAGGAAUUAAAGCAGUUACUGUAGCUGCUAGGAUUGAAUAUACAGUAAUCUCCUUAAGCUCCUCUCCACACUCUGCUGCAGCCUUGCUACUGUACAAGGUAGGGCUAGGCCAGGGCGGGAGCAAGGCCGGCCUGCUACAAGACCUCCACGUGGUCCUUCGCAGGACCCCCCUCCCAUUUGUCUCACACUAUGGCUAGUGCAGUGGGAGCCAAGCACCUGGCAUGGGUUAGUCAGACUUUACUGAUGGGAGGUCCUUAUUGCUCAAGAGAGCAAGGCAAGGAUGGGGUGACUAACUCCGAAUGGAUACCAGCAGGGCAGUGCCUCGAGCUUGGUUCAGGCUCUCACCAAUGCACUCCUAAGGCUGGAAAUGCCUUGCCUGCCUAUUAACACUCUGUUGUUCAUGUUUUGUUCCUAUUCGUUCAUUCUCUCCCUCUUGAAGAUAUUUUCCCUCCAC